UGUUGGACAUCAUUCCCUGACUGGACAACCCCUGAGGAGAUAGAUCAGCAUGUUUGCCCUUGCUAUCCUUGCCUCCCUUGCUUCCGUAACCCUAGCCAACUUUUAUGGCCAUUAUCCGAUGGGGGGCUUCGUCGGUCAUAGAAUGCAUCACGGAUAUCCCAAAGGCGGAUUUAAGAUUGGUGGCGGGUAUGGUGGAUACAGGAAGGGAGGAUACCACAAGGUGAUGCACCGUCCAGUGAUCGGAGGGUACCCCAAGGGAGGCCACAUGGUAGCUAUACCAAUCAUCAAGGGAGGUUACAAAAAGGGGGGACACAUCGGAGGAUACCCAAAAGGAGGAUUCAUCGGAGGAAAGGGUGGUAUUCUUGGUGGAUACCCUAAGGGUGGAAUCAUCGGGGGAAAGGGUGGUAUUCUUGGUGGAUACCCUAAGGGAGGAAUCAUCGGAGGUCAUGGCGGUAUGAUUGGUGGAUAUCCUAAUGGUGGAAUCAUCGGAGGUCAUGGCGGUAUGAUUGGUGGAUACCACAAGGGUGGAAUCAUUGGAGGUCAUGGCGGUAUGAUUGGCGGAUACCCCAAGGGUGGAAUCAUCGGAGGACAUGGCAGUAUGAGUGGUGGAUUUAUCGGAGGCAAUGUCGGUGGACACAUUGGAGGACAUAUUGCCGGCGGAAGUAUUGGAGCUGGACAUAUCGGAGGCAGCUCUGUUGGAGGCGGUUUCAGAGCUACUAUCGGUGAUGACUUUGGAGUUGUGUCGUCUAAUGGAGGAGGAGCGUUCGUUGGAGACGAGUUUGCAGGCAUUUCUGGAAAUGGAUUCAACGCUAUUGCCAGUGACGAUUUUGAAGCCAUUAACUCCAACGGCGGAUCCGGAGCUCUUAUUGGUGAUGAUUUUGGAGUUACUUUUGGAGGUAACGGUGGAGCUAUCGUAGGCGAUGAUACAGGCAUUGCUUUCGGAGGAAACGGAGGUGCCAUUAUCAACGACGAUUUUGGAAUUGCUUUUGGAGGAAAUGGAGGCGCUAUUGCUGAUGAUGACUUCGGAGUUUCGUUUGGAAAUGGAAUUGGAGUAGGAGGCGGAAACGGAAUCAAUAAUGGAGGCGGAUUAGGAGGAUUUGUCGGUAGAGCGAGUCACGGAUUAGGAUCUAAUGUUGGACUAUCCAGUGGUUUUGUAGGAGGACACGGAGGAAUCAUGCACAAAGGAGGAUUUGGAGGCAUUCAGAAGAGUGGCUUCAUUGGAGGACAUGGAGGAUUUGGAGGUUUUAAGAAAGGAAACCUAAUCGGAGGUGGAUAUUAAUUCAAGCCAAUCCAAUUGCAUUAGUCCCGUGCAAAGAUGUAAAGGGGAGGGGGCCACGUAUGAUCACGUGAUUAUACAAACUUUGUCACAUAAAUACUGCGGUACCGGCGCCGCUUCUGACAAGUAUUCAUAUAUUUGUUCAUGUUCCAGUUUCAUGAACGGUUCUUAUCUAGUGAGAAUUCCUUGACCUUAGCUUUUACCAUUGGGAAGUGUUGCUGAACUUUUAGGGAAAAUCUGCAGUCAAGGAAACUUUUUUAUUCUAAACAAUGAUUUACCACGGCAAAUCUUAAGUUAAUACGUUUCCUUUGGAUAAGUAAUAUUCGUGAAACUGGGAUUAGUUAAGUUAUUUGAAAUAAAAUAUUGUUGGUUAUUUUA